AUGUUAAGAAUUGGUUGGGUGCCUGAUUGGGUUCACAUCUAUCUCAGACUAUUCAUAUCUAUCUAUCUAUCUAUCUAUCUAUCUAUCUAUCUAUCACAGUCUUUUCAUAUCUCUCUAUCACAGUCUGUUCAAAUUUAUUUCACUCUGUUAAAACCUCUUUCUCUCUAUCUAUCUAUCUAUCUAUCUAUCUAUCUAUCUAUCUAUCACAUCUGUUCAAAUUUAUUUCACUCUGUUAAAAUCUUUCUUUCUCUCACUCUAUCUAUCUAUUUACCUAUCUCAUUUUGUUUCUAUCUAUCUCAUUAUGUUAAUAUAUAUCUCAUUCUGUUAAUAUCUAUCUAUCUAUCUAUCUAUCUAUCAAAAUUUUGGCAACAAAUAAGAAAAUGCAUGAAAUUUUGGCAGCAAAUUAAAAAAAUGCAUGAAAUAAAUAUCUAUCUAUCUAUCUAUCUAUCUAUCUAUCUAAUUCUGUUCAUAUCUAUUUUUAUCUCAGUGUGUUCAAUAUGUAAGUAUCUAUCUAUCUAUCUAUCUCUUAUGUUCAAUAUCUAUCUAUCUAUCUAUCUAUCUAUCUACCCAAUGUGUUCAUAUAUGUAUGUAUGUAUCUAUCUAUCUAUCUAUCUAUCUAUCUAUUGA